CCGCACUGCCGCACCGUAUUGUAUUGUACCAAACCUAAAAAGGUCAAAUUCUAGACCCCACCAGCCCACCAUCGCUACUAUGUAUCCGUCUUUACAGCCAAUAGUUAUCAUCAGAAAUAUUCACAAGCUGACCUUUGCAAACAACGAGAAAAGUCAAUUGAAAUAAUUCAUCAGCCAAAUAUAAUACGGUUGUAUGUUCCGACAAGUAUUCAGAAUGGCUGAAAACGCAGCAAAAAGAUUGAAGACCUCGAAUGGUGGUAGCGGUGUUAAAAUCGGCACCCACAACGGCCAUUUUCAUGCUGAUGAGGCUCUCGCCGUUUACAUGCUACGGCUGCUUCCUACCUACGCCGACUCCUCCCUCGUUCGCACGCGCGACCCAGCUCUACUAGAGACAUGCCAUACCGUUGUCGAUGUAGGCGGUGAAUAUGACGCCUCGCGCAACCGUUACGACCACCACCAGCGUACCUUCACCACAACUUUCCCCGGCCGGCCAACCAAGCUGUCCAGCGCGGGGCUAGUGUACAUGCACUUCGGCAAGUCUAUAAUCGCCCAGCACCUAAGCAAGUCUGAGGAUAGCGACGAGGUCGGCGUGGUAUGGAACAAGCUCUACGAGUCCUUCAUCGAGCCUCUCGACGCCCACGACAACGGUAUCUCAUCGUACGACCAGAAGAAGCUAGAGGAGGCUGGCAUCGAGAAGGCCUUCAGCACCGGCGGCUUCACGCUUGGCGCUAUGGUCGGUCGCCUGAACCCUAACUGGAACGACCCCACGCCCUCGGACCCGGUUGAGGCACAGGCUGCCGAGGACGAGAGGUUCCUUACGGCGAGCACGCGUAUUGGUGAGGAGUUCUCGCGGGAUCUCGAUUUCUAUGCGCGAUCAUGGCUACCCGCGCGCGCCAUCGUUCAGGAAGCUUACAAGAAGAGACUACAGUUCGACCCUGAGGGUCGCAUCAUGGUGUUUGAGGGCCAAUCCGUGCCCUGGAAGGACCACUUGUAUACCUUGGAAGAAGAGGAGGGAGAGUCGGCUAAGAAAGUUCUCUACGUGCUGUACCCGGAGAAGCCAGUCCCCGAUGCCAAGUGGCGGAUACAAGCUGUUCCUGUGACCAAGGACUCGUUCCAGAGCCGAAAGGCGCUGCCCGAGCCGUGGCGGGGCGCGCGCGAUGAGCAGUUGGACGAGGUGUCUGGAGUUCCAGGUGGUGUGUUUAUACAUGCGUCGGGAUUCAUCGGAGGAAGCAAGACCUUCGAUGGUGCUAAGGCGUUGGCGGAGAAGGCCUGUGCAUUUUGAAGAUAGAAUUCUACUUACCAAGUAUGUAACUAGUUAGAGGAACUGGAAAAGCGUGAUAGCCCUCUGGUAUAUACCCAACAGAAAGGCAAAAAUCAAUGGAAAGCUACAGCUUGAUAAGUGAAUACCCCAUUAAGAAUACGAUGCAAC